UUUUAGUAAGUGCAGUGUUGUAUAAUGUGACAUUCCGUUUUCAAAACGCCAUUAUCCGCUUUCUUGUUCUCCAAGUUCUAUCACGACUUUUGUCAUGUCCGAUAUUUUGAAGGCCCUUGAAGAUGAUCAAAUAUCGGAAUUGUCGGAAAUGUACAAAGCCAAUUCGGAUGCCCCUCCUUACGUUCGCAGCUAUUUGGAGACGAUGAGGAGAUGGAAACGAAGUGGCAAAUGUUUUUUGGUAUCUUUGUGGUCUCCAAAUGAUUGUUGGAGGGAGGACGGAACAUUCAUUGCCCUCAUGCAGUUUGGCAACUAUGAUUUGUUCAUGUUCACGUUAGAUCCAAAAUGUGAAAACCUGCGCAAGGGAAUUGAAGAAACUAAAGAAAUAAACUGGAAGAACCCCACUUUAGUAUUUAAUCUUCAUUUUAAACACUACCCUUACGUGCUAGAGGCGUUCAGGCACCUUAAUCUAGUCGCAAAUUUCAAUAGAAUUUACGAUAUGUACUUCUUAGAAAGAGACCAAGCCUUGAAAUUCGACCUAGAGUGUCCCUCUGAUGUUUAUUUAAAGAAGCUUGAUCUGUCAGUUGCGCCACUCAUCGACUAUUUGUAUAAAGCUCACAGACAUAGGUACCCUGACGGUGAAAAGUUUAUAUCCACUCUGAUUGAAUUGAAUGGAGGGUUUGGGUUAUUUUCCAAACAAACUCACGACCUUGUUGCUUGGGUGAUGAGGACGUGUUUAGGACAAAUCGGAUUUUUACAGACUGUUGACGGGCACACCAGAAAGGGUUAUGGCGAAUAUUUAGCAAAAGUUGUUUCUCGAGAAAUAGCGGAAGAGGGCUUUGUGCCCAUGGGGGCCGUCUUUCACGAAAACUCCGCCUCGCUUGGCUUGUUUAGGAAGUUGGGAUUUCAGGUGGAAGGACUUUGUUACUUCAUUGAAGUUAAUAAAUGAGUUUUAAGCGA